AUGACUCCUCUGCCUCCGCCCUCAACGUUGCAGCCCACUCCAAAGGCGUGGCCAGUCCGCCCCAGCGCGCCCGUGGCACCCAGGAUUCUGGCCCUGCGAGCUCAGCCAACAGCCGCCCCUGGCCUAGCCAAGGCGCUCGCCGCACCCAAGCACCUCGCAGCGCCACGUCCGAAGUGUGCCCCAUCCGGCUCGCUGUCCAUGAAGGUUCAGCCAGAGAAGUUUGAGAACGAGCUGGCCAAAGAGGAACCUCAAGCAGCGGUUGUGGAUCUUGCGGACGAAGCCUUCGAAUCCGAGGAG